AUGGAGGCUGUCGAGCAGCGGUUCGCAUUUUCCUCCCUCUCCUCAUCCUCAUCUCCAGGUGCUUCAAUCCUGUGUUGGCGAGGCAAUAAGAAGACGAGAAGGGUGAAGGUGGUGCUGGUGGUCCUUUCCUCCAUUUUUCUCUGGUCGCAGGUGAUUGUGUUUAUGAUGUUGGUGGUGGUUGUUAGUUAUUGGGUGGUUGGUUGUGGUUGUGGUUGUGGUCGCAGUUGUGUGAGAUUCAAAUGGGCAUUGAUGUCCAAGUUGUGGAGUCGUGGUAUAAGGAGCAAUUGUUUAAUUCUUUUUGUUAUCAACUGGAGCAUUAGGAGUUUGUGUGUGAACAUGUCGGAGCUGAUUGGGGAGUCAGAGAAGACGAAAGAAUAUGCAUACGAUGCAAAGGAGAAGACCAAGGACACUGCCGGAACUAUGGCGGACAAGACAAAAGAAUAUGCAUACGAUGCAAAGGAGAAGACAAAGGGAGCAGCCGAGACCGUGGCUGAUAACACCAAACAAGGAACACAAAAGGCAGCCGAGAAAGCGCAAGGUUUAGGAGAGAAGGCUAAGCAAACUAUGCAAGAAGCUUGGGGGGCUGCUAAGGAGACAGGUCAGACGAUUAAGGAGACAGUGGUCGGAAAAUCCGAUGACGAAAAAGAAUCUGUUGACGAUUUUAUUGAAGAUCAUGUAAGGAAGCCAGCGAAAGAGCAUGAGGAAGAUACAGACUUGAGGCGUCAAUCAGGAGAUCGUGAUAAGAAGAAACAUUAAUGAAGGGGUUUGAUUUUCGUUUUCUUUUUUGUUAUUUAAUAUCUUUCUGAAUGUUUAGUAGACGAAAUAAUUGAAUAAAAUGAAGUUUUUGUUUCCCUGUA